AUGUGGAUAGCAACAUCUCCGCUGGCGCUUUUGCUGGCCGCGACCAGCUUCUCCGCCGUCAAGGCGGUGGAUACCUUGGUCGAUCUCGGCUAUGCCAAAUUUCAAGGCGCCGUGACCGACCCGGAUCUCGGCGUCAGCAUGUGGAAGGGCAUCCAGUUUGCCGCUCCACCGGUCGGCAAGCUCAGGUUCGCCGCCCCGGCCGACCCCGUGCAGACGGGCGUCGUCAACGCCACCGCCCACGGGCCCAUCUGCCCACCCCAGCAGCCCACCGACUGGACCGUGACCGGUAACCACACUCGGUUCACCACCGACGAGGACUGCCUCUACCUGGCAGUCGCGGCACCCACCAAGGCCACGUCGAGCUCCAAGCUGCCCGUUGUCGUCCUCCUCCAGGGAGGUGGCUUUGGAUCCAACUCCAGCCCCAACUGGAACCCCAGGGAGAUUGUCUCCGACGGGCAGGUCGUCGUCGUCACCUUCAACUACCGCGUCGGCAUGUACGGCUUCCUUCACGCGCGCGAGCUCGCCGCCGGGGGAGGCACAUUCAACGCCGGCAUCAAGGACAUGAUCAAGGCGCUGGAGUGGGUCCAGACCAACAUUGCCGCGUUUGGAGGAAACCCCAGCCAGGUGGUGAUUGAUGGCGUCAGCGCCGGCGGUGCCGCAGUGGGCCUGCUCAUGGCGGCCAACAUCCCCGGCGGCAAGGAGCUGUUCGCCGGUGGCAUCUCCGAGUCGGGUCCCUGGGCCACCAUGCGCAACAUGGAACAGGGCCAGGAGAUGUACGACUGCCUGGUCGAGGAGAAGAACUGCAAGGGCUCCGCCGACACGCUCGAGUGCCUGCGCGCCCUGGACCAGGCCACCAUCCGCUCGUCCAAGUGCUGGUUCAACCCCAACAUUGACGGCGAGCUCUUCUCGGGCAGCCUGGCGGACAUGUUUGAGCAGGGCAAGUACCGCAAGGUGCCGACCAUCUGGGGCACCUGCGCCGACGAGGGCACCAAGAACGUGGACAAGUCGACCAACUCGGCGGCCGACUGCACCAAGGCGUUCCUGCAGCAGGACCCGACGCUCUCCAACAGCUCGCUGGCCAUCCUGCAGAAGCUGUACGUCGACGUGCCGCAGCCCGUCUUUCCCGACGCCGGGCAAAAGUGGCGCCAGCUCUCCAACGCCCACGGCGACUACGGCAACAACUGCCCGAACCGCAACCUGCUGGACUACCUGUCGCGCGACGGCGCCGCCGCCUGGAACUACAAGUACGACGUGCUGGACCCGGCCGACGAGGCGGCGGGCCUCGGCGCCUGGCACACGGUCAACACGCACGCCUUUUGGGGGCUCAGCCGCGACGACACCGCGCCCAAGUCCUACGCCACCACCAACAAGCCCGCCGUCUCCCUCACCCGCAAGUACUGGGUGUCCUUCAUCCGCAACCUGGACCCCAACAAGGACAGGGACGCCGGCGCGCCCCAGUGGACAAAGUACACGGCCGCGGGCCGCGAGAGGAUCUUUAUCCAGACCAACAACACCCACAUGGAGCGCAUGAGCGACGCGCAUGCCUUGCGCUGCGACGUGAUCAGGCCCAUGUUCCUGAACCUGGCCAAGCCGGCCGAGAAGGGCACCGUCACCGAGUUGGACGCGGAGCUGGCGGCCAAGGUUGCCAAUGCGAGCGACAACACGGCGUUGAAGAGGAGGAGCAUUCGGUUCGGCAAGGCAUAG